UAUUCGUCUCCCCUCGGGCAGUCGCAGUCAUCACGUGUACAGUAGCGAGGGCUCCAUGACACGAGGCUGGUCGUGUCUGUUCUACCUGCUGGUGUUCCUGACGGAGGUGUUGCUCUUCGGCGUGCUGAUCCUGUCGCUGGUGUGGGUGUACCUCUUCAGGGACGGAUUCGCAUGGAACGAGGAUGUCGCUAAACAAUUCAACCUGCACCCUGUACUCAUGAUCACUGGCUUCAUCUUCCUCAUGGGAAAUGCCAUGCUGGUGUACCGACUGUUCCGGUGCUGCAACAAGCUGGCUAGCAAGAUCCUGCACACAUUCCUCUACCUGCUGGCAGUGCCCUGUAUCGUGGUUGCAACCAUCGCCGUCUUCGACAACCACAACUUGAGGAACCCACCCAUCCCCAACCUGUACUCCCUACACUCCUGGUUGGGGCUGGUCACUAUGGGGCUUUUUGCUCUGCAGGUAACAAAAACGUUCGUGGUUGGGUUCUUCAGUUUCUGGAUCCUGCUGUGCUGCGACCAGGGCACCUCCAACUUCAGGGCCAACCUUCUGCCUAUCCAUUCCACCUUCGGCAUCAUCACCUUCAUGCUGGCUGUAGCCACGGCCGUAUCCGGGUAUACAGAGAAAGCCAUCUUCUCUCUGAAGUCGGACUAUGCCCAGCUGGUAGACGAGGCGUGGUAUAUCAACGCUCAGGGCAUCAGUCUGGUGGCGCUUGCCAUCCUGAUGUGCUUUCUGCUGUUCUCGCACACCUUCUCUAGACGCACGAGUCCUGUGGCCUUCGUCGAGCCUCCCUCCUCCAACAACCAUUAUGUUAUGACCCAGAAGAGCUACUAUUAUAGGGAGCACGACCCUUGAUGCACACAACAUGCCUGUUUGUCGUUGUCAAAGUGACGUUUAACCGGCCGUAUUAUUGCCGC